CUCAGACAUCUUAUCCAGGAUAUCAGCACAACAUGUGCGAAAUUAGGCCUACCAACAGAUGCUCAAAAUUGGACACAAGAACAUGGCUCACGUUGGAUAUCAGAAAUGUGUCAACAGUUCAACCUUACAUCACCUCGUCAAACUUAUAUCAGCGGCCGAGUACUGCUAAGUAUGAGUCAAAAGGAUUUUGUUGCCCUAGCUCCUGAAGGAGGUGACACACUAUACGCCCAGUUACAAUUGUGGAAAACCGGUAAGUAUAGGGUUAGAAAAACUUCAUUACCUUUCUCCUCAUUGAGUUUUUGGAUCUUUUCCACUUCCACACUUUCCUUAUCGCUUUUGAAUUCAAAUACCCUAGGUGGAAUCGGAACAGCAACUCAAGAUGGUCAGGGUUUUUUUGGAAAUGGUAUCGUGCCGUCACCCAGUGAAAGCGAUAGAAGCAGCAGCGCAAGUAUGCAUGAUGGUGAGUCAUCUUGUUCUUUCUACUUCUGUUCAGUAAACACGAGGUGCUAUUUUAAUUCUUUAUUUACGUACAAUAACUCCAGCAUGCCGAAUGGUGCUCAGACACCAUCAGCCGACGAUCCACGUCCGUCUCCAUUCCCGCGGCACUCUGGCACUGUGCAUCUAUGGCAUUUCAUACGUGAACUGCUCGAUCAUCCUAAUAAACAGUAUGGGUCGUGCGUUCGCUGGGUGGAUAGAGAUGAGGGAACUUUUAAAAUCGAAUCUUCUCAUCAUUUGGCAAGAUUCUGGGGACAACGCAAAAACCGCGCUCAAAUGAAUUACGACAAGCUCUCACGAAGUCUUCGACAAUACUACAAAAAAGGCAUCAUCCAAAAGCCAGAGAAGAAACAAAGGCUUGUGUACAAAUUUUUACCUCCUUACAAUCUGUGA